AUGCUGGUGUGCCGGUGGAUGAUUGUGGCCCCGCGGGGCCGUCGAGUGCGGUUGGAGUACCUCAGCUUUGACGUGGAGAGCCCGAUGGACGUGGUCCUCCUGUACAACGACGCGACCGAGGAAACGGGACCCGCACGUGCGGACACCGGUACGAGCGCCAAAGGCGUAGUUUUUUUUUCUGCCUCUAAUGUUUUGUCCGUCGUCUUCUCCUCCCAAUGGUCGCACGUUCGUCGGGGAUUCCUGCUGCGCUACGGUUUUGAGAAGUCCACACACCCCAACUGCAGCGUUUCAUGCGUUGCAACCGCGUUCUGUGAUGCGUGGGGCGGCGGUUUCUGCGUCUGUGAUGAGGGGCGCGCGGGGUGGGACUGCGGCGUGGCGGUGGAUGCCAACAAAAAGGCCCUGGAGCUGCGGGAAGGCGAAAAGGGGGCUGCCGCCCGGGUCACACUUCUUGUCAAUGAGGAGUUGCAACUUGCCCUGAGGCAUUCCUCGUCCAGGUGGAGAAGGGCCGACGUGUACCUGGCCUUUGAGAAGGGUCUCUUCACAAGGCGGCGGGACGGAAUGGCGCUGAGGGCAGCAGUGCUCUACGGCAAUCCUGGUGGGAUGCUCAGCACGACAAGUGAGGAAAAAAUUGAAGUAAAAAGUGACUGUAGGUAUGCCAGAAUUAGUAUAGGUCGCACACUGAGUGACCAAGACGGCGGGUUAAAUAUCUCCUUCACUCUUCUGUAUAGUGCAUCGCUGGCAUCGGUGACAGGUGACAGUGCAAAGUACCUUGCGGCGGCAUAUCUCGCACCGAGCGAAUCCUGGGUUGCACAGGAAGAGAACGACAAAGAUGCGCUUCCCUUGCGGGUGUAUUGCACCCGAUCUCUUCCAUCUACAGUCCCUUCUUCGGUUUUUGGUGAUUUGUCACCUUCACCGCGCGGUGGUUCCGCGGGCAGCUUGCACACCUUUAUUGGCCUGACUUUGUUUGUGUGUGUCGUGUGUCUUUCGGCUGGCCUUUGCGUAGCUCUCUCCUGCUGCCCCCGGGUGCCCAGCGAGGACUUUGCCUUGGCAGAGAUUCCCGCGGAGGAGGUGGCGGUGCUGGCGUCGCCCGACGGUGGCGGCGAGGAGGAGCUGGGCGAUAAUUUCAGCCUUGAUUCCGCUGAAGAGCUGCUCUCCCCCGUGCCGCCGGUUUUGCUCGCGCGAGAGGCGCGGGAGGCGCGUCCGCAGGAGCCGCAAGAGGUGAGGCACGCGUACGCGGAGGUCCCGGUAGAGGAUGUGAGUGAGGUGGAAAUGGUGGAGGCAAGCCAGGCCCAUGAACAGGGCGAAAAAAUCUGA